GUUCGCACAACACGAAUUUUGCCCCUGUGUCCUAUCACAAUGGAUUGGUAAUCGCAAUGGUGGACCUUGGUGGGGGAUUGAAUGUGUGGAUGAGGGGGAGGGGUACGACCGUACGAGGAUGAUGCCAUCGGCCCAAUUGGAGACACAUAUAAGUAACUCCCGAGGCCAUUGUCGACGGAGUGUCAGCAUACGACCUGUCCUGACAAUUAUCCUGAGAUCACGACAAGCUUCGAAAUUAAACCUUUAAUUAUCUGUGAAAAAGAGAACAAAAGAAACCAUGCCUAAGGUAUUGCUGACUGGAGGUAGCGGCUUCAUUGCUGCCCAUGUUCUUGAUCAAUUGCUGGAGCGCGGCUUCGAUGUGGUCACCACCGUCCGGUCCGAAGAGAAAGGAGACAAGAUCCUAGCUGCGCACCCGAAUACACCCAAGGAGAAGCUCUCCUACGUUAUUGUUAAGGACAUUGCGCAGGAUGGCGCAUUUGACGAGGCUGUCAAAUCGAACCCGCCAUUCGACUAUGUCCUCCACACGGCAUCGCCCUUCCACUUCAAUGUUCAAGACCCUGUGAAGGAUUUCCUGGACCCGGCUAUCAAGGGAACAACUGGUAUCCUGAAAGCCAUCAAGGCCAACGCGCCAACGGUGAAAAGGGUCGUGGUCACCUCUUCCUUCGCAGCGAUCGUCAACCCCAAGAAGCAUGAGAAAGUCUACAAUGAGAAGAACUGGAACCCUGUGACCUGGGAAGAGGGGCUGGACUCGGCGAACACAUAUCGCGCGAGCAAGACCUUUGCAGAAAAAGCUGCCUGGGAUUUUGUUGAGAAGGAGAAGCCCAACUUCAACAUUGCGACAAUCAACCCGCCCCUGGUGCUGGGUCCCGUCGUGCACUAUCUGAGUUCCCUCGACUCAAUCAACACCUCCAACGCAAGGAUCAGUAGUCUCGUGCGCGGGCUCGACAAAGAGACUUCACCUCCCACGGGGACAUUCCUCUGGGUUGAUGUCCGUGAUGUUGCGCUGGCUCAUGUCCGCGCCAUUGAGGUCCCGGAAGCUGGUGCGCAGCGAUUCUUCGUCACUGCUGGCCACUACACGAACAAGGACGUUGUUGAUAUUAUCCGUGAUGCUUAUCCUGAGAUCAAGGAUAGACUUCCGGAGGCCACAAGUGACCUGCCCUCGGACGUAUACGGCUACGAUAAUUCGAAAUCAAGACAGGUUUUGGGGCUCGAGUAUCGUUCCUUGAAGGAGGCAGUUGUUGAUACGGCUAAGUCGCUGCUGGAUAAUGGAGCCUAGAGAAUAGAUGGUUAGAUAAACAAUAUUAGGACCAACAAAGCGGU